AUGAGGCUUCUUGUUGUUUCCCUCGCUAUCAGCAGUACUGCUGUCGCGGCGCAAGAUAAUUUCAACAUUUUCCAGCAUAUUGGUGGAAACGGACAAUGGUUCCCUGGUGAAGAAACGACAGGCAUCUCUUCUGAGAUACCCACUGGAUGUAAAGUCGAUUUGGCUGCUUUCUUUUCUCGUCACGGUUCACGGUACCCUGACAGAGGCGCGUACAACGGGUGGGUUGAAUUCGCCGAAUACAUCCAAGCAGCAGGCAACUUCACCGUCAAUGACGAGAAGCUCGCUUUUCUCAAGUCCUGGAAGCCGGUACUCUCAGAUCCCGAUGCUCAGAUCGCCAAUAUAAGCCCCACUGGAUGGAGAGAGCUUCACGAUAUGGGUACCACGUGGCGGCUCCGCUAUCCUGAUCUGUACGAUUACAACACCGCCUUUACUAUGUGGGCGAAUUACUAUACUUCAGGUCCCCGUGUACGGGAUAGCGCACGCUUGUUUGCUCAAGGUUUCGUGGGGCCCAACGCUACGGAUCUUACCACUAUCUAUGCCCUCAACGCGAGCGAUCCUGCCAGUUGGGGCAAUACGCUUGCACCCAGUGAUCUCUGCAAGGCUUACAAUGACGCAGGUGGUGGCCCUGCAAAGGACACAUGGGACUCCAUAUAUCUUCCUCCGAUCGCGUCCAGGCUCAACGCCAAGAUUAAGGGUGGUUUGAAUCUCACGACGAGUCAAGUCGACCAGAUACCCUACCUAUGUGGUUUCGAGACCCAGAUCACUGGCCGACGGAGCCCUUUUUGCGACAUCUUCACUGAUGAAGAAAUCUUGCAGUACGAGUAUGCGCAGGAUUUGCGUUACUGGUACGGCACUGGCCUAGGGUCUGACAUCGAAAAGUAUCAGAUGCUGCCAGUCGUCGACAUGACCGUACAACGCUUUGUUGAUGGUCCAAAUGCGACUUACCAAACGGGCAAUGGGACCUUUGUUCCCCCAAAGAUCAUGGCCAAUUUCGCGAACGAUGGCCAAAUCAAUCAGCUCGCUGCUGCAAUUGGUGUUUUCGACGGCCAACAGCAACUUCCUGGCAAUAUGUCCCUACCGAACCGCAUCUUCCGUUCAUCCCAGGUUGUGAAGAUGCGCGGAACAAUUGCAUUCGAACGCCUCUCCUGUCCUGCUGCUGCCCAUGAUGGCAGCUACGGCUACAGUGCCCAUAGCGAUUACAACAGUACUGCAUCCGAAGAGGCCUUUGUACGAAUCCGCAUCAACGAGGUCGUAUAUCCUGUGGUGGGCUGUACCAGUGGUCCUGGCUCUUCAUGCCCGUUGUCGCAAUAUCAAAGCAUCAUCAACGCGAAGCGUGCAGAAGCCGGCGAUGUGACCAAGCUAUGCAAUAUGACCGGUGAAGGCCUCGCACCCAAGCCGGAGGCAACUUUCUUCUUCGACAAUACACUGCCCUGGCAGUCAGUUGUGAAGCCGUAG